AGAACACAGACACACACACACUCACACACACACACACACACCCGCUCACAGACGCAGAUACAGUGUGACUGGUCACUAAGCUUCAGGCUUACUGUGUUUCUUCAGUUUAGUAAAUGUCAAAUACAUCCAACUGGUCCUGGAUGAGUUUGCCUCCUUUUCUCCUUUCUCUUCCUGUCAUUAUAUAAUCCAAGGCUUUUCACCCUUCACUCUUAUCCCAACUCUGGAUACACAACCAUCGCUAAACAAAUAUGGAAAUUUAGCAGGACCUCAUACCCCAAGCAGACGUCUCUUGGGAUCACGCAAUUCCCUGCGCUGAGGGAAAAAAAAGGUCAACGCUCCAUGCAAAAAAUACUGGUUUUCCUUUUUCGUCCCAUCACUAUCACAUGCCUAGGGAGAAAAAAAGAAAAAGAGGAUUCUUGACAAGUUUUUGUACAAGGAAAGGCUCUGCAUUGAGAAAGUUCCCUGCAACAGCUACGAGACGAUGUGAGACCUCUGCUUCAAUUUGGAGUUGCCUAAAAUCCAUCAUGCAAAUCUUGGAGCACAACAGAAAGUGCAACUGAAACACUUCUGGUCAUUGGGGCUAGACUUGGAAACACUACCUGGCUGCUUCUUCUUUUGACCUUGUGCUUCUCUUGGGUCAUAUAAGUCUUUUUUCUGGUGGGUGGGUAAGCUUCACAAAAUGUGCCUCGAUCAGGCGACCACUGCAAAGUGCACGUCUGUACUUGUUUGGUAAUAAAGCUCUUUCUCCGUGCGGCUGCCUAAAAAUUGAAACAAUGCACAAAGACCACCGGUUAUUCCGCAAAGGUUCUCUGUUUAACUUCAGCUCUGGACGAAGAAGACACUCCUGCAUUGGUUUUGAUGUUGAAAAUGGACCAUCAGUGGGACGAGCGCUGGACUCCCAGGUCAGCCCGAGCUCCGGCCUGGUCCUGCAGGGUAACUUCCCCCACAGCCAGCGGCGCGAGUCUUUCUUGUACCGCUCCGAUUCUGACUUUGACAUCUCGCCAAAAGGCAUGUCUCGAAAUUCCUCAACUGCCAGUGAGCUGGAAGAGGGCUUGAAACAGUGGGAAGUCAGUUGCCUGCCUCGACAUGAGGACAUGAUUGUAACACCGUUUGCACAGGUCCUGGCAAGUUUGCGAACAGUGCGGAGCAACUUUGCCGCACUGACUCAUCUGCAGGAUCGGGGAAGUUGCAAAAGGCCAUCAGUGAGUAAUCCUCCCACUGUGUGCAAGCAGGGUGUACCAGAUGAGGCAUGCCAGAAAUUGGCUAUUGAAACCCUGGAAGAACUUGACUGGUGUCUGGACCAGUUGGAGACCCUGCAAACACGCCACUCAGUCAGCGAGAUGGCCUCCAAUAAGUUUAAAAGAAUGCUGAACCGUGAACUUACUCAGCUGUCAGAGACGAGCCGCUCGGGAAACCAAGUGUCCGAGUUCAUAGCAAGCACAUUUUUAGAGAAACCACACGAUGUGGAGAUUCUGUCUCCACCACUCAAGGAGAAGGAGAAGAAGCGGCGUCCCAUGUCUCAAAUCAGUGGAGUUAAGAAGUUGACACACAGCCCGAGCCUCGCCCCCAGUCGCAUCCCUCGAUUUGGGGUCAACACUGAGCACGAGAGCCUGCUAGCCAAGGAAAUAGAAGACAUCAAUCGCUGGGGCCUUGAUAUUUUUAAAAUAGCUGAGCAUUCAGGGAAUCGGCCACUAACGGUUAUAAUGUACACGAUAUUCCAGGAACGAGACCUCCUGAAGUGCUUUAAGAUCCCAGCGGACACAUUUAUCACCUUCAUGAUGACAUUAGAGGGACACUACCACGCUGAUGUCGCCUAUCACAAUAACAUCCAUGCUGCUGACGUAGUGCAAUCCACACAUGUGCUCCUCUCCUCACCUGCUUUAGAGGAUGUCUUCACCGACCUUGAAAUCAUGGCUGCUUUGUUCGCGAGUGCCAUACAUGAUGUUGAUCAUCCUGGAGUGUCAAACCAAUUCCUCAUUAACACCAACUCUGAGUUGGCUCUGAUGUAUAAUGAUGCAUCUGUACUGGAGAACCACCACCUGGCUGUGGGCUUUAAACUACUACAGGAAGAAAACUGUGACAUCUUUCAGAACCUGAGCAAGAAGCAGCGGCAGUCACUGCGCACGAUGGUCAUCGACAUGGUAUUAGCCACAGACAUGUCCAAGCACAUGAAUUUUCUGGCAGACUUAAAGACCAUGGUUGAGACAAAGAAAGUGACCAGUCUUGGAGUAUUGUUGCUGGACAACUACUCAGACAGAAUACAGGUUCUCCAAAACAUGGUCCACUGUGCCGACCUAAGCAACCCGACAAAGCCCCUCGAGAUCUACAGGCAGUGGACAGACCGCAUCAUGGUGGAGUAUUUCACACAGGGUGACCGGGAGCGCGACAAAGGCAUGGAGAUUAGCCCCAUGUGUGACAAGCACACUGCUUCAGUGGAGAAGUCUCAGGUUGGCUUCAUUGACUACAUCGUACACCCUCUGUGGGAGACAUGGGCUGACCUCGUCCACCCUGACGCACAAGAAAUCCUUGACACUCUGGAGGACAACCGCGAGUGGUACCAGAGCAUGAUUCGCCACAGUCCCUCGCCCCCGCCCGAGGAACAGGACUCACACGGUGCCAUUGGAGCCUCAACAAGCGAAAAGUUUCAGUUCGAGCUGACGCUGGAGGAGGAGGGCGAGUCGGACUCCGAGAGCCCUCAGGAAGAGCCUGAGUGCUCUGUGACUCGGUGCCAAAGGACGUUAUCUCCUGAAACAACAAACAAGCAUACUGCAAAAGAUUGAGACUAAUGAGAUGGAAAUGUGCAUAGCUAGGUGCAUGGCACUGUUGUCCUAAUGACAUGAUGUCUCAGCGAUAAUUUGCUCCUAAAUCUGUGAUGAACUUAAGUGUGGCUGUAGCAGGUUUCACACCCGCUAAUGAGAUAACUCCUCAUUUCACCUAUUAGACACACAUUUCCUGUUUUUUCCUGCCAGAUAAGCCUUUGAAUCCUAGCUUCUUACGAUUUUCUAAGCAUUUGUGUCUAGCACACAGGUGGCUGAAAUGAUCACUCAGUGACCGUAGAGAGAUCUGAUGAUGGCUCUGCCUUUUCAGGGUCUAUUAACAAAGCAAGGAGAUCUUCUGAGAAAGAGAGUCUUCCUUCUAAUUAUGUACAUGUUGUCAAUAGAGGAAAUUAUAAUAUUUAUAGUAAGCUAACAGGGUCUAUGAACUUUUUUUUCCCACACCAUACUAUUAGUUUAGGACAAGUUUCAUUUAUCUUUGAAAGAAUUAAUUUAGCAUUUAUUUUUAAAAUUUUUUUUUUGUCAUUUUGUUCAGAUGAAUGAACAAGUGACAGACAUGCCAAAUAUUAGCUUGAGAUACAACGAUGACACUAAUAACCUCAGGAUAUAAAUAAUUAUUCACUUGAAUGUAGCAACGGUACCCCUGUAUAUUUCCCAAGUCUUUAUUAUAGACUAAUAAUAAAUCGCUUCUUUUUACUCUGGAUAUGUGGCUCUGACAAAUUCCAUAAAUGUAAAUGUAGGACCAGAGGUUUUGAUCUAUUUCCUGUGCAAAACGUAUUUAAAAGUAAAAAAAUAAUAAUUAUUUAUACCCCUAUUUUAUUUAAAACGUAAUAUUUAUCCGAUGUGAAAUCCACACACAGUGAUUUGCAUAUUAAUGCUUAUAAUUAACAUCAUGUUCAUUCAUGUUAGAGAUUCAUAUACAAGUCGGUUUCUUUUUUUUUUUUUUUGCUUCCAACAUUGAAAAAUUAGUCCAUUUUUACUUUGGUUCACUGUAUCCUACAUGUUUCUUAAAAUUUGCUGAAUGCACUACUUUUAUUGAGUAAGAACAGGAUCUAAUGCUCUGUUACUUGUAGGAGAUAACAGUGAAAUCUUUUCCUUUAUGUUAGCACUGAUAUCAGUGGAAAUGUUUUUCCGUGAUAUUAAACACCACCGUGACGAUGCUAACAGAAAAAUAUAAAGAAAUUCAGCACCAAAACUUGCUAAGCAGCAUCACAAAUGUUUCAGCGGAAACAUAUUUCAUGUGCUGACUUUUCUUUUUAAUGUUGCUGUCAGAAAAUGAAUGACUACAUGAAAUCUAAGUCUGGGUGCGCAAAUAUACUAUACAGUCGACUCAUACAGUGUGAAGCCGGAUAUAAUGAACAGGUUUAGCUGGGUAGAAUAUUCAGGGGUACCCACUUCCUAACUUAAAUCACCAAUUCCAGUCGUGUUUGUAACAUAAAAUACAGUGUAUAAUGUAUUCUUUUUUUCUACCUAACAUAAAACUGAUUUUAACACCAUUAUCUUCAACAUAUUAUUGACAGCUUGCAAACUGCCACAAUUUUCUGCUUCGAUUAUUGUGAUUUUGAUCUCAGAUCUCCUGAGACAGCCCCCCCAAUAUAUCAGAAUUUUAUUUUGUCAAUUUAAAGGGCUUGAGAUAAACUAGUAUCCAAGACAUCUGACUGAAAGCCUGUCCCUGAGGUUCACUGAUAUCCUUUUUUUUUUCCUUUCAUUUACACAACAUUAACAGUAUUUGCAUUCAGGGUUUAAUCCACAUGAUUUUUGGAAUAAACUAGAUGACUACCCAAUAAUAAUAAAAACAGAUAUAAUAUUUAAAUACAUUAUUAUUAGAGUUAGCAUUUUUGGUGUCUACUGUAUUUCUGUAUAUUACCUAAUGUGAAUACAGAAAUCCCACUUUUCUGUUGUAGAGCAAGCACUAAAACCUUUUUUUCCACAAAUGUGUUGAUUAAGGGAGUGUUGUCCCUUCAGUGCCACUAAACUGCAUUAAAUGUUCACAAAUUUCACACACUUGCACAGUGAAAAGCGCUCCGAUGCCAUCACGAGGCUGUUCAGUAAAGUCAACUGUAUGUUGCAAUUUUUCAUAUUUUCAUCAUUUUUUUUAUGUUGUUUCAUGUCUUUACUGAUGUGCCACAUUUCCUGUUGAUUCCCUUUACUGGCAAGUCGUGAAAAUUGCCAUUUGUUGUGUUUGUUUGUCACCUUGUGUCUUAAGUCUAAAAAGUAAGAGUGUUACUUCCUGUUUUAAAAAAAAAGUGUUUCUCCAAUCCUGUAUCUGUUUCUUCAUGUGCCACAUUUAAAGUCAAAAACUCCAGACUACUUCAGGUUGUUCAAAUAAAUUAACUUAAGCUGUC